CAGAGACCCCGGCCGAGAGACAGACAACUCCUCUGGCAGGAUGCCCACUCCAAACACAGCCACACCUUCAGCCAAGGGCUUCCGCAGGGCAGUGUCCGAGCUGGAUUCCAAACAGGCAGAGGCCAUUAUGUCCCCAAGGUUCAUUGGCCGGCGGCAGAGCCUCAUUGAAGAUGCUCGAAAGGAAAGAGAGGCGGCCGUAGCAGCUGCAGCGGGGGAGGCCUCCGGGGACCCCCUAGACACCAUUGUCUUUGAAGAGAAGGAUGGGAAGGCCCUCCUCAACCUCUUCUUCACCCUGAAGGCAGCCAAGUCCACAUCCUUGUCCCGGGCCCUGAAAGUGUUCGAGACGUUCGAAGCCAAAAUCCACCACCUGGAGACCAGGGCCAACAGGAAGCCAAAGGAGGGCACCUCGGAGCUCGAAUACUUUGUUCGUUGUGAAGUCCACAGCAGCGACCUGGGCACCUUGCUCAGCUCCAUCAGGAGGGUCUCCGACGAGGUGCGCAGCACCAAGGAGGACAAAUUUCACUGGUUUCCCAGAAAGAUCUCCGAACUGGACAAAUGUCACCACCUGGUCACCAAGUUUGACCCAGACCUGGACCUGGACCACCCGGGAUUUUCUGACCAGACCUAUCGCCAGCGAAGGAAGAUGAUAGCAGAAAUCGCCUUCCAGUACAAGCAUGGAGAGCCCAUCCCCCGCGUGGAGUACACAGCAGAGGAGAUCGCCACCUGGAGAGAGGUCUACACCACCCUGAAGAGCCUGUACCCAACCCAUGCUUGCCGAGAGCACCUGGAGGCCUUCCAACUGUUAGAGAGGUUCAGUGGUUACAGCGAGAACAGUAUCCCUCAGCUCGAGGAUGUGUCCCGCUUUCUGAAGGAGAGGACCGGCUUCCAGCUGCGGCCAGUGGCCGGCCUGCUCUCUGCCCGAGACUUCCUGUCCAGCCUGGCCUUCAGGGUGUUCCAGUGCACCCAAUAUAUCCGCCACGCCUCCUCACCCAUGCAUUCCCCAGAGCCGGAUUGCUGUCAUGAGCUGCUGGGGCACGUGCCCAUGCUGGCAGAUCGGACUUUUGCCCAGUUCUCCCAGGAUAUCGGCCUCGCCUCCCUUGGUGCCACCGAUGAGGAGAUUGAGAAGUUGGCCACGCUCUACUGGUUCACUGUGGAAUUCGGGCUCUGCAAACAGAACGGAGAGGUCAAAGCCUACGGGGCCGGCCUCCUGUCCUCCUAUGGGGAGCUCAUCCACUCCCUGUCGGAAGAGCCGGAGAUCCGGGACUUUGACCCCGACGCCGCGGCAGUGCAGCCGUACCAGGACCAAAGCUACCAAUCUGUCUACUUUGUGUCGGAGAGCUUUAGCGAUGCCAAAGACAAGCUCCGGAGCUACGCAACUCGCAUCCGCCGCCCCUUCUCCGUGAAGUUUGACCCCUACACUCUGGGCAUCGAGGUCCUGGACAGCCCCCAGAAGAUCCGGCACUCCCUGGAAGGCGUCCAGGAUGAGCUUCACCUGCUGGCCCAUGCGCUCAAUGCCAUGAGCUAGUGCCCAGGGCCCCCAGCCCCCUCAGCCUCCUCACCCCACCUGUCUCUCUCCUACCUCUGCCCAGAACCUGGUGUGUCGCUUUGUCUCCCCAGCCCCCAUCUCUGAAUCCCACGUGGAUCCCCGGGUUUGGCAUCUAGUAAACGGAGGCAGGGAGUCUGCUGCCUGUCCCACCUCAGAAUUCAACCUGGCGUAGAGAACCCUGGACUUUCACUCUGCAGAGCGGCAUUUAAAUCCCUGCCCCGACCCUCAGGGGCAAGUCACUUCCCUUUCCUGGGCCUGUUUGCUCAUCUGGAAAAUGGGGACAAUUGCACUUGCACUGCCUACCUCCCAGGCGGUUCCCUGGGGACGGAGGAUUCAGAGCUGGGCAGGCCAUCUUAGGGCCCGCUCCAGUUCUUGUGCUCAGGAGAAACCGAGAGACGAGAGGGGAUUUAACCCGAGGGUCCAGGGGGAGAUGGGAGCCAAAUGCGCUUUCCACUGAAUUAGGCUGAGCACAAACUCUGGCUGGCUUCCUGCCCCCAGCCUCAUUAAAAGCAAGCAAACAAACCAAACCAAACCAAACCCGAGAAAGGGGUGUUAGUGGGCCUGGUCUCCAGAAGCCGCCGGGGAUAUUAAAGAAUCCCUGCCUUCGGGGCUCAGCAGGAGCCAGCCCUUCUUCCCUCCCCCCUGGGCCUCUGGAGCGCUCUCCGCCAUUAGCCGAUCGGAAAUCCCACGCCAGCGUCCAGAUCCAGGCCUCCCACGGUCCGUCCCCUCACUGCCCCCUUCGCUUUCUCCUCCCUCUGUCCAAACUGAGGGGCUGAGGUGGAGCCCUGACUCGUUAGGGUUCCUGGGUGCAUCCCUGAGGGCUCUGCUGCCGCUGCUGUGUGUGGGUGUGCGCGCAUUCUCUUCGCUGACUCCCCUUGGGUCCGUAGGGCCCCGCUUAAGUAGUUCCUGGGGUCUAGAGCUGCUGCCGCU